UGUUUUUAAAGAAUGAGUGAUAAAAAGUUUUAAGAAUUAAGUGAUAAAAGGCAAAGUCUUGAGAAUGAGUUAAAAAUUUUAGAAAAAUAAAUAUUUGAUUUAGAAACCAAAUAUUUAGAAGAAACAGCUGCAACAGGAAAUGUGAUUAAAGGAUGGGAAGGAUAUACAACAAUAAAAAGUGGGAAAUUAAAUGGGAAUGUUCCUAGAAAAACUAAAGCGAAUACCAAUGAUCGUAUAUUUUCAUAAAGUAGCAAAACAUCACCAUUUGUAAUAAUUAUAUUAAUAUAAGUAUUAAAUUACAGAAACUGUUGUUGAAGAGCCAAAGAGUCCUAAAAGUCCAUAAUUUAGACCUAAAAGAAUAAAAAAAAGGAAAAAUUAUUUAUAUAAAAAAGAGUAUUUUUUAAAAUAAUUUUUUUAGUGAUGUUGUUGAAAAUUCCUAAGGAAGUUCUUCAGAGGAUUUUUAAUAGGAUUAAAUUAAAAAAGUUAAAGGGUCCAAGAAAAUGUGA